GAUUUAUUUUUUCAUUCUUUAGUUUUUAGAGGUUAACCAAAAAAGAUGGACACUUAUGUGUUUGUGCGUGCGUGUGUAUAUGUGUACUGCGACGACGGGGAUAAGCUGCUUAAGUUCGUUAUUUAUUCUGUAUAAAUGCGAAGGCAUACGUGUGUGUGUAAGUGGGGACGUAUAUAUGGAAAGUAUACGUAAUGUAUACUCCAAAGUACGUGUUUGUGUGUGCGUGCGUGAAUACUUGUAGGAAAUAAAACGUUGAAAGAGUUCACAGAGACGGCAGAGGGAUAAAGUUGUUGAUCGUUUAUCGAGUAUAAUCGAUGUGUAUAACACGUUAAAAGGGGAAGAGAAUGUAGGGCGUAUUAACAAUGUUUCAUCGAAUGAUGAAACGAAUCUGCCAGAAAAGCUGGGAAACCUUCGGGAAAGCCGAAUCUCUAUCGCGUGCCGCUCGAUAUUCGUCUCGUUUGUGACUGUCUGUGUGUGUAGUGUGUGGUGUAUGGACCCUGGUCGACGAGAAAGACGAAAUUUUCCUGUAGGUAGAAUACAUCGACAUUUGAAAAAUAGGACUACCAGUCAUGGUCGAGUUGGUGCAACGGCUGCAGUAUACAGCGCAGCUAUCUUAGAAUAUCUGACAGCCGAGGUCUUAGAAUUGGCAGGAAAUGCAUCUAAAGAUUUGAAAGUUAAACGUAUAACUCCAAGACAUUUACAACUUGCUAUCCGAGGUGACGAAGAAUUAGACAGUCUCAUUAAGGCUACUAUUGCAGGAGGAGGUGUUAUUCCACAUAUCCAUAAAUCACUGAUCGGCAAGAAAGGUUCUCAAAAGCCAGCAUAAUUUAGUGACGAUUGAAGAACUAUUUGAGAGAUAAGUAGACAAAACAGAUGUAAAGUGGCAGUGAUUGUUGACAAAGUGUACCUACGUUAUUAAACUAAAUGGAGAGACUGGAGUGAUGAUAUAUAUGUAUAUGGCUACAUAUAUAUAUAUAUGUAUACAUAUAUAUAUUUAUAUAUAAAUAUAAAUGAAACAAAUAUUGAUAUAAUUUAAUAUAGAUAACGAAGAGAUAAAGGAAAGACAAACGUUAAAAGCGUAAUUUGACGAUUGGGAGGGAAUAGGAGAUGAUUUUGUUGGAGAUGAAAAUUCCUAGUGUGCGUAUAACGUGGCGAUUAAUCGAAGAGCAAUGUGUUAUAGCAUCGCUCGCUCGAAAUGAUAGCGUUUGUUGCUUCGCCGAUAAUGUAUAUUUUAAAUGAAAGGUUAAAAACGCUUUAUUGUUCACACACACAUUUCUUUUACAUACAUAAUUAUAUUAUUAUAAUCUAAUUUUGUAUUUCGGCCACCCUUAACUAAAUCCGCGGUUUUGUUAAACUUUAUUCUUCCUUUUCAUUUUCUUUCUUUUCUUUUUUAUAUAAUCGACGAAGAUUUCUGCGUCGUUUGGCAAUCAUUCAUUUUCGAUAAUGUGUACGUGUCGAAAUUGUCUGAAUAAUAGUCAUUUCCAAUCUCGAUAAGAUUUCACCGAAGUCGCAUAUUGUGUAAUGAUAAAUCUUGCAUACAUCUAAGUCUUUAUAGGUACUAUAGUAAUUAAUGAGAGAUUACAGAAGAUAUAUAUAACAAUUGUCAUUAAGAAAGAGAGGAUUAUUAUAGUUAGACAUAGACGAUCGAAACAAAAUUUUAAUUUUUCUAAACUAUUUGUAUUUCAAAGAGUCUAUUUUGUGUUAAUUGCACUAUGUGAUCGUUUUAAUGAUUCCGAUCUAAAAGAAAUUGGUUUAAAAUUUUUUGGAUAAUAAUUCUAAAACGUUUCUAAUUGAUAUGUGUCAAUCUAUUAAGCGAUAGAAAUAUAAAAACCUGAGAAUAUAUUAUAUUAUUUAUUAAUACACGUAGUAAUAAUAUAUAAUAUAAAAUAUUUUAAGAUCGGAAAUUAAAAAUUGAUCUCAUUGUGAAUAGAUAUUAUUUCAGUUUCAGUAAAUUCUCGAAAAAUGUAUGGGUGAAAAUUUGUAUCAAAGAUUAUAUAAUUAAAUAUUUCCUUUUCAUUUCAAUUACGUCCCGAUACUAGGAUGAAAUCAAUAUGAGAAGAGAGAAAAUAAUCGUUUGAUUUUGUGUUUAACAUUAUUCGUAUUAUUAUUAUUAUUAUUAUUAUUAUUAUUAUUAUUAUAUAUUAUUAUUAUUAUUAUUAUUAUUAUUAUUAUCAUUAUCAUCAUUAUUAUUAUUAUUAUUCUGCAAACAAAAAUAUAAUUGUGUAUGAUUUAGUGUAAUCUCUAUAUCUACAGUACCUACGACGUACGUUAAAAAAGAAGCAGCCAUGUAAAUCUUCAUUAAUCAUAAUAAAGAUGAAUUUUACUAUUAA